CCGUCUGGAGAGCGUGCCUGGUGCCAGUGAUACCGCCGACUCCCGGCACGGCACACGCGCUUCCGUUUCCUCCCGCUUUCCGCAGCGUCGCGACGCACGUGAUCCGCGGCUUUCCCGCCAACUUUCCGCUGCGUUAGCUCGCCAGCUUUUCCGGGCAGUGCCCCGCGCGGUUCUACCGACUGGAUUUGUUUACCCGCCGGGUCUAAUGUGCACAUUCGCCGUCGCGUUAAUUUCCUCUCACCUUUGCAGGUUUACACUUUUGCGGAAUCGCACUCACACAGUGUAAUCGCAGUAGCACAGUGCCUCAAUCUAUGGGGAAUCCUCAAUUUUUUCGCGGUAACUCUGUUGAGUAGUGCUCGAUUUUUACCGUUUCACGCGUCGAUGUGAUCUUGGAUUAAAUUCUACGAAGUUUUUCGGUAUCGUCCAGUGUACCCGGUUUGGCGAGACGCAGUGUGAAGUUUUUCGAAUGGUCGCUGCUCGUCUUGAAUGAUUUAAUUGUGCGAGUAAAUAUUUUCGCCGGGUGUUCUAUUUGUUCUGAGGUGGUGGUUACGCUUCGGGAUAUUCAAAUUCUUGGCUCGAGUUGUUUGCUUUGCAAAGUGAGCAAAUAGUUCCGUAUAAUUAAAGAUAUCCUAGCUCUUGCCGGAGCGCAGUCUUUCGGAUGGUGUUCGACUCGGUUUCAAGAAGUCCAGCCGCGCGUCUGCCAAACGAAGUUCAAACAAGUCGGUGAAACGAAUGUGUUUAUCCACCGCACAAGUGGCCGUGACGUAAUCCACUAAUCGGUUGUAUCUACAGACGGACGCCCGAGCUCGUCGGGGCUCGAGAGGGUCUCUUCAAAACGGUGAAUUUUUCCCCGGCGUCGCGUCGUGCACGGAGCCGAAUUUCGCCCGGGCGGGUGUUGUUUCGAGUCGGAUGUUGAUUAACGCGGUGUGGAAAACAGCAACAAGUGUGUUCGUGAGUGUUUCAUUUAUCAUUCCGGCGCCGGCUUGAGUGGAAUCCUCGCCGGCGGAUCCAGCCCCUCGGGUAUGAUUCCCAUGGUGACCGAGCUUGGGAUUUUCUUGGCGUGUUGAGCAAAGGCCGCCGACACUUUAUGCCGCCUCACAAUGCUCCAUUCUUGGGAGUCAUGGAAGCCGCUGGCACUCCUCGUCCUGUUGAGCUGCACUCUCGGGCGUGCGGAAAGAAAAAGAGGGCGCGACUACGGGGCCGGGGGGCGGCUCCUGGGGGGUGGGGUCCAGGGGGCGGGGGGUAGCGCCCUCCCCAAGGAGCCCGGUCCGAGCCUGGAGCAGCUCAACGUCUGCGACCUCGUCUCGCACGCGGUGCUCCGGACGCUCAACAUCUACUGCAACUGCGACGCCAGGGAGCCGCUCAACGCGUCCUCGGCGACCUGUUGGUUGUUCAACGAGGGCGAGAAGCCCGACUCUCGCAUCUGGGACGCCUUCAAGUCCCAAGAAAACAUCCUGCAGCUGGACGUUCUCAUCCGAGCGAAUAACUCCCGCAUACUCAACUACAUACCUACCAAAGGUAUCCGACAUUUGAAGAAGCUGAAGGUCCUGGAGAUACUGUACGGAAACAUCGACGUGCUACCCAAGUUCGCGUUCGCCAACCUGACGCAGUUGCAGGACCUGUCACUAGCGCGCAACGAGAUCAUGCGCUUGGAGGAGUUCUCGGUGGCCAACCUCCCGGAGCUCAUCGUCAUCACCCUGGGCGAGAACCGGAUUCAGGAGAUCGGGAAAUUCGUCUUCGUCAACUUGCCGUCCCUCCGCAAGCUCUACAUCGACCGCAACAACAUCAGCGUCAUCCACGAGGGCGCCUUCGCCUACCUCGAGAACCUCGAGGAGCUCGAACUCUACCAGAACCGAAUCUCCCACCUCACCAGGGAGGCCUUCAAAGGACUCGUAAAUCUCAAAAGGCUGGACCUGCACUCGAACAUGCUCGCUGAGCUCGGCCCAGAAGUGUUCGCAGAGAUGCCGAACCUGGACGAACUCAUUCUCGACGAGAACAAGAUAGUGCACGUGAACAGCGAGGCGUUCGAGGGGACGAAGCUUCUGACGCGGCUGAACCUGGCCAACAACCUAAUCCGGAACCUGGACCCGGGCGUCUUCGAAGACGUCCGCAAGUUGCGCAUCAUCGACUUGCGCAACAACCACCUGCGCACGCUCACCUACAGCACGCUCCAUCCCUUCGUGGAGAAUCUGAAGCUUAACACUUCGUACUUUUUCAUCGAAGGAAACCGUUUCGUGUGCGACUGCCGGCUCUCGUGGGUGCAGUCGCUGCUGAACGAGACGCCGAACGAGCACAUACGAACGACGCUCGAGGAGCUGGAGUGCGCGCUGCUCGACGAGCUCGACCAUCAGGCCGAAGACAACGGGCUGGACAGCCCCGAAAAACCGGCCCACCAAUCCACCCUCCCUGUCCACGACCGGAAAGCUCAUCACUCAGCCUCCUCGAAAUACCCGGAGCAGUUAACCGACGACUACGACGAGAGCGAGGACGAGGGCUGGGUCGUCAACAAGAAACCGGUGAUCGAUUUCCCGGAGAACCAGUUGCCGUGCCCGAGCUACUUGAACAAGAACGCCGACGACGUCAGCAACACCCUCCUCAACUCCGGGCUCCAGCCCAGCACGGGGGCGGCCUCCCGUCUCACCGUGCAUUUCCCGCUCGUGUUGCUCGUCGCCCUUCUCACGUGCAGGUAACUUGCUGUGCUGUGCAUUUUGAAGUCACCCAGGUUCGGACUCCUCGCCCAGCGCCAUCCAAUGGAAUUUUUUCGUCCAAGCCUCUCGCUGGUGGAAGUUCCUGGCUCUCGCGCCGUCGUGACGUCACCGAAACCGUCAACACGGAUGGACCGCCGCUCGCGGGAUCGUAACAUGACGUUGCAACGUCACACUCAUGUUCUCGAAACUUAAACAGGGUGUCUAGCAUCAGGAGAAACCGGAGAAACCGGAAAAUUUCAGGUAUUUGGGCCGAUCAGGAAAAUAUCAGGAAAAUCGGAAAAAUUGGACGUUUUAUCAGGAUUUUUUCUGACGCGAAUCUCCUCAGCGGAGAAAGUCUUACUGCUUUUUGCCUACCGUGCCAGGAGUCGAUAAAAAUCAGGAAAAUAUCGGGAAUUUUCAAAACGAAAAAAUCAGGAAUUUUUCAUAAAAUAUCAGGAAGAAUCAGGAAAAUAUCAGGAUUUUUCAAAAUUAAAAAAUACUAGACACCCUGUUAAAACUCGUUUGGGGUUUAAGUGGCAGUCAUCGAUACGUCUUCCUUCAUGCCUGAAGUUCCAGUAACUUUAAUGUAACAACUAUGCGUUUCCUUACCUGUGGGCUAAUUAUUGACAUUGACAGACAAAAAAGAUAUAGGCUGUAUGGAGCGAUGCUAUCGGCUGAAAUGGGUAGUUCAUUUAGACUCAGGGAGAAAAUGAUCGACUAACUAUAGGGUUUCUCGUGGGUUGCCGUUAUUUAGUCUAUCACCUACCUCCUUUGUCUAUGCCAACCACCCGCUUCCACCAACAGGAUCCCACCGUAUCCCUUUUGUCUUCUUUGUCUAUUCACUCAAUAAUCGGUCGCAGAAGAUGCUAGCGUACGAGAUAAGCUGUUCUGAAGGGAGUUGCUGUCAUUAGGAGGAUUUGAAUCUUCCUCGUGGUAUUUGUUAUAUGAAGGAGGAAUAUUUUUUUAAGUACAAUUUUGGUGCAAUACUAGUUUGGAAAUGUAUUUUUAAGCAAAUCUUUUGGUAAGUACCGUAAAAACAAUACUAAUUCUUCAAAAAUUACCCGAGAUUUUAAUAUAAAUUGCAACGAAUUCCUCCCGGAAAAGCGCCGACGAACCAGUUUUUUCAAGUAUUCAUAUCAUGCUCCAAACUACAUAAUACUCCUUUUCAGUUACUCUUCUUGCGAUGUUUCUCUUUUGAGCAAACAACUUUGUAUUUCAGUUCAUCGCACAAGCUUUUCGUCAGGCUUAUGUAUUGCAGCUUACAAAUACUUGUAAUAGUUUAAAUUUGUAUUCAUACCAUGAGUCGUUUUAAAAUUAUUUAUCUUGUGAUAUGAGAGCAUUUAGACUCCCGAACGAAGUGUUUCGGGUUCCAUUCUGAGCACUUGUAUAUAAGAUGACCACCUAUGAAGAAAACACGAAGAAAAAGA